UGCAGUGGUGUGCCCUAGUUCCGUUACAAUGUAUUUACAAGCAGGCGCAGUGCCAGAGUGGGAGCGGAGUAUGUAACAGAUAGCAAGAGAAAAGCGCAUUGGAAUAGUGCGCUCAGUCACUGCAUGUAACUUCACAGCAAGAGAAACUUCUUAAAAUAUACUUUAUGACUUUUUCUUUUUUUGGUGGCUUAAUUCCCUGGAACUGUUUUAUGUAUGGCAUGUUGCUUUUGUAAUUUUUCCUCUGCUAUUGGCUUGUGCGGUGAAGAAAUAUGUAAAAGACUUGCAGAUUUCAUGUCUACGAGAAACGCGAACGUAAACCUCAGUUGAAAGUAGUAAACAAGCAAACUGGAAGAAGAACAACUAAACAAGGUUUCCCCUUUUGUUGUUUGCAUCUGGAAAACGUUGCAGGAUGCUAGAGAAGCAGCUCUUCCCACAGUCCCCUGGCAUGGAGGAAUGACAUGUGGUCCCUGAAAAGUUGAAGUUUGGCAGCACUUGGUUAAUCUAAUGGUACAUCAUGGAGUUGAAAGUAUGGGUAGAUGGGGUCCAGAGAAUCGUCUGUGGAGUAACUGAAGCCACAACCUGCCAGGAGGUGGUGAUUGCUCUUGCUCAAGCUAUUGGUCGGACUGGAAGGUACACUCUGAUCGAGAAAUGGAGGGACACAGAGAGACACUUGGCCCCACAUGAGAACCCCAUCAUCUCCCUGAAUAAAUGGGGACAGUACGCCAGCGACGUGCAACUAAUCCUGAAGCGAACUGGACCUUCCCUGAGCGAGAGGCCUACCUCUGACAGCAUGGCACGCAUACCGGAGAGGACUUUGUACAGGCAGAGCCUCCCACCCUUAGCCAAGCUCAGACCUCAGAACGACAAGUCGCUGAAAAGGAAGGAGCCCAAACGGAAAUCGUUAACUUUUACUGGAGGUGCCAAAGGACUGAUGGACAUAUUUGGAAAGAGCAAAGACACCGAGAUGAAGCAGAAAGUGUUGAACAAUAACUCCUCCAAGGUCGGAACCGAGGAGCUGAGCAAGUUGGUUCAUCUCCAGAAGGAGAAGCUGCAGGCCCUGGAGAGACAGCUGGAGAGCCACGAGGUGGAGCUGCGUUUCUGGGCUGAGAGGAAUAACAAUGGUCUAGAGGAAGAGAUCAUGAGGCUGGAGAAGAGGGUGAAGAAGAACGAGGUGCAGAUCGUGGAAGAGGAAUUCUGGCAGAACGAGCUGCAGAUAGAGCAGGAAAAUGAGAAGCAGCUGAAGGAACAGCUGCAGGAGUUGAAACAGAGGAUCCAGGAGUGUGAGGACAAGCUUCGGGAGUACAUGGCCAAGAUGCAGAGCAUGGAGGCGGGCAUCGAAGCCGAGAAGCUCCAGCAGGAAAUACAGGUGACUCAGCAGGUCAAUGAGGAGGAAGUAAAGGCCAAGAUUCUCAAAGUCAAAGGAGAGCUUGAUAUCCAGAGCCAGAACACUGCCAGGCUGGAGAACGGCUGUAGGGCUGUUGAGAGGUCUUUGGGUCAGGCUGCCAAAAGAUUGCAGGAGAAAGAACAGGAACUGGAACAGCUCACCAAGGAGCUGAGGCAAGUGAACCUACAGCAGUUCAUCCAGCAGACAGGAACCAAGGUCACAGUGCUGCCAGCAGAGUCCACUGAGGAGGAGCCUGCCCUGCUGGAGCUGGGGAACGAGUCAACAGCCCAGACCAACUCCCUGAAACGCCCAAGCUCAUCUCGACAACUACCCAGCAACCUGCGGAUUCUGCAGAACCCACUUUCCUCUGGUUUCAACCCUGAGGGCAUCUAUGUAUAAUGUUUAAUGUGUACCUCCAAUUGGAACUUUAACAAGAAGAUUCAAAGGCACCACAUCACUUUUUUCUAUUGCUGCAUGACUGCUCUGAAGUAGCUAAUGUGUUACUGUGUAUUACGGAAGUCUUAUACCAAUUGAGCCGUAACACGUUGCACUGAAGCUAGAGAAAAACUAAGCAUCUCUCCCUGGAGUUCUAAUUAACAUACAGUGCUAAUGAGCUUUCCAAGGGUCAAAGCAGUGUUGGCUUAUUGACAGUCGAUGAUGCAACCAAAACAUGCAGUAAUGGAAUACAAUUGAUUUGUACAGGAAGCAGAAAAUACAGCUGAGUGCCUAUUCUUUCUGUUGUGUUUUGUGUUGAGCAUGGCAAUUUACAUGUCAAUUAAUGAAGGAAGGUUUAAAACAACUAAAUAUCUGAUGUUUGCUCAGUAGUGAAAUGUGGAAUGGGGGAGUGGGGGGUUGAUUCAGCUGCAGUUGAAACUUAAAUUCAUUUGAACCAAACCUGAUGACACUGUGGCCCAUAAGUAGCAAAGGUUUGAAAGUUGGGUUAUGGACAGAAAAGGUGUUUUGAAGCUGCCUGAUUUAUGUUAAACUAAAAAGCCUUAUGUAGUGUUUUUUUAAGAUUGGCCUGCCGUAAAUUCAAAAUUUACUUUGACAUCCUUUUUAAAAAAAAAAAAAAAAAAAAAAAACAUUCACAAGAAUAAAGAAUAAUAGAUGUGAACAACUAUAACAUGGAUAAGCAGACCUGCCCAUUCAGAUAACUCAACUUUGAAGCUGUAGUAUAUCGAUCAACAGAUGCCAGGCUAAUCUAAUGUCCUCCUGCUUGUGUAUCUUAGAUCAGUGAUUCUCAAACUUUUUGGACCAUGCCCCCCUUCCUCUUGUCUGUGGUACUUGACUUUCCCCCCCACCCCCCCCGUGCACAUGUACAUAUGCCCACAAAAUACAGCAUGCCACUGGCUUAUCUGUAUGUCACAGAUGUGUUUUUUUUGUUUAGUUUUUUUUUUUUGGGGGGGGGGGGGGUCUUUCUUUUGCACGAACCAGCCACUGCAAAUAAUAGUUUAGUGAUUGUGUCCAACUCUUACUAAUCUGCACACCACACAGUAAGCCAAAAAACAUACUUCACCAGAUGGCAGCGGACUUUGGCCAGUAAUAUGCAAGCUUAAAUAAAAGGCACAGUUGGAUGCAAAGUGCCGUCUAGAAAAUUUAACAUGAUAGGAGGUGUCAGCAGUAAGAUUUGCUUCGUUAAUAUAUAUAGGUUAAGAUGUGCACGGUAAUUUUAUUAACCAAAAAUUCCUGAACCUUCUCACCCCCCCCCCCCCCCCCCCAAGAUACAUUCUGCACUCCCCUUGAGGGGACAUGUCACCCAAUUUGAGAACCACUGUCUUCGAUCAGGUAAGAGUUAUCUGCCUCCUUUGAUUCACUGUAUUAGAAUACAAUUUUAGAACAGGAUAAUUCUGUUUGCAAAAACAAAAUCUUAAUUUGAACACCAGUGUUAUGUUGCAGCUACAGUUUAUGCACAAAGUCUUGACACUUAACACAAAACUAUAUACUGUGUGUGCUAAAGGUACUUUAAGCAAUAAACAAGCUUGCCAGUAGAAGACA